UAAAGAUGACUAAAUCAUACAAUCAAACCAACAAAGGAGUGACUCUAGAAGAACAUGAAGAUCCUGGAGUGAUUUAGUCUCUGGACUUUAUUUAUUUAUUUACUUUGCCAAGUGACAGCAUUGCAAAUUGUCAGAAUUUGGAAAGGAGCGGUCUAAAAUCUUUCCUCAGAUGAUCGUAUUCUUGAAGAUACUGUUCUGUUAAAAUUGUGCUAUGAUAAAACUUCUAGACUGUGUUUUCAUGUUUAAAACUGAUGGAGGCCAUUAUGCUUAUUGGGAGCUUCAUAACAGCAUGGAUUGAUAUGCUGUGUGUAUAAACUAAAUUAUCAUAGUUCAUGUCAAACAGAUGGCCUUCAGUGUCCUCCAAAUGACUCGACGUCUCAAGUACUCGUACUCAGAUUACUCUUAGAAGUACAAACCGUGUUAUACGUAGGAUUCCAAUCCAGAGAGAAGUGUGUAUGCUUGGGUGGAAGUGACAAUAGGUGGCUCACAAAAGCAGUUCCUCAGGAGAAUUUUUGAGGAAAUUUGCCUGUGAAACGUCACUUGGAUAAAGGGAACUGCGGAGAAAACGACUAUAUCUCGCUAUGGCAUCCCAUCCAAGAUGAAUAUGUUUGACUUCACUCUCAUCUGUGCAUUUCUUCAACUGGGUAACCAAAACCCGCUGAACUCCUGGACUCUCAAGCCUAAUGUUUUGGUUGUGGAGGUCUAUGGUGCGUUGGGCCAACAAGCCCUCAAGUGUCUCUUGCACUCAGCAAAGGAAGUAAUGAGAGGUGAUGACAAGGAUAUAUUGUAAGAAGAAGCACAGAGGGGUAAUUCAUACCUGGUUCAGCUGGAGGAGAGUUUAGGAGGAGGCAACUAUAGCUGCUACACUAAGAAUGGAACUCUCCUCAAUCACACUCUCGUUCUGAUUCAAGAGCGUAACACCAAGGGAAGGAAGAUUCUAGUGCAAACCGCCCUGGGGGAUUAUUUAAAGUGCUCUACUCGAAACUUUGAGGGCGCAUUCAGCUGCUCUUGGACUUGGCACAGAGCUCGUGUUGGAAAAAUAGAACUUAUCAGAGCUGGACGGUAA